AUGUGCCAGCAGGCAAUACUCCACCUCGCUACCGACGCCGGCCAAACGCUGCCAAACGCUGCUGCUCCUAACCGCUGCUGCACGCGCUGCACGCCAAUGCACACGCGCGCUUUGGCACCGCUUCCAGAGUGGCUUCCAUCACUCCUCUCAUUGUUUGCUUCGCUGCCUCCCGGCUGCCCUGAAGGAUCGUCCUUGCUUACUCCCACCACCUCGACCACUUCCGGCGACGAUCCCCGCCUUGCUACUCCGACGCUUCAGCCCUCGCCUAUCGCGCUGUUCUACGCCACCAUCCGUCUUGUUCAUGCGCUAGCACACGCGCCCCCGCCACUUGGCAUGCUUUGA